GGGAAAUUAAAAUUAUCAUAUGUGACUUUGUGUGUCUGUGUCUACAUUAUUAAAGCGGGCCCCGCAUUCAAGGGUGUCCUGCGGUUAAAAAAAUAAAUUGUGUGUGUGUGUUUUUUUUUCUUGUUUGUUCCCUUUGUCAAAUAAAUCAUGGAUCCUUACGAGUAUACACAAACCAUUAAUAACGACCGUCAUGAAGACGAUAAAGACGAUUUGAAAAAGUUGGAAGAGGAUUUAGCUCCUAGUGCUGCGGAUUAUUAUGGCGUGCUUAAUAUUUCUAGAAAAGCUACCGAAGACGAAAUUAAAGAAGCUUAUAAAAAGUUGUGUCGAUUCUUUCAUCCCGACAAGCACACCGAUGAAUCCAAGAAAAAGAUGGCCGAAUCUCGUUUCCAAGUUAUUCAACAAGCGUAUGAAGUAUUAUGCGAUCCUGCCAAGAGAGUGAUUUAUGACACCUAUGGAGAAGAAGGCUUGAACGCUUCUUGGGAUAUUGGACCUCGUUACAAGACACCCGAAGAGUUAAGAAACGAGUACGAGAAAAUGGCACGUCAAAAACGAGAACAAGAUUUAGAGAAUUUAGUUCGAUCCAAAGCCGAAUUUCAAUUGACCUUGGAUGCCACCCAAGUGUUUGAUCCUUAUGAAGCACCUGUUUUUGUUGGUUUUGGUCAACCUACCCAACCUAAAAAGAAGGGUCCUCUUCAUGCAGUAUCCAAAGCACAAGUACAGCAAUUAUUUAUGCGAUCUUCAUUCGAGACGCAAAUUGGACCUCAGACACAUGCAGUGAUUGGCGGAACCAUGGUUUCUCGAUCUGGUAUGGGCGGUGGAAAUGUCUUGGGCACAAUCCGCCAUACUGUCUCUCCUAAAUUAUGGGGCGAGGUGACCGCAACUUUAUUAAAGCCAAGAAUGCUUACAUUAAAGUCUUACUAUUCAUUAUCGGCAGACAGUUUUGUAAAUACAACAGCACAAUUGAACUCGAUCUAUGAUCCACCCGUAUUAGCCAUUACAGCAGGUCGUCGUAUUUUUGCUGCAACUACAGGUUAUAUGACUUAUCGUACAGGUGAAUGGUCUCUAUUGGGUUGGGGUGGUGAUACCUCGCAUAAAAUGGAUAAAUCAUCUGUCUCGCUUGGUAUGGCUGGCAUGCAUAAGCAUGGUAAUUACAGUGGAGAAUUACAAACGGGUAUCAUGUCGUCGCACAUUGCUGGAGAAUAUUCUUAUAAAUUAGCCAACCAAGUACGACUCAGUUUGACUUGUUCAUUGUCUUCAGAAGGUGGAAUCAAUGCCAGUAUCGGAAGUGAUCAUAAAGUAGCAGAGCACACAAGAAUUGGUAUGUCGAUGGAAUGUGGUUUGCCUUUAGGUGUUAUUGUUAAAUUUAAGGUGUCACGUCUGGGACAAAAAGCGGUAGUUCCCAUCGUCCUUGCAUCCGAGUUUGACCUUAAAUUAGCGUUCUUCGGUGCAGUCGUUCCAGCUUCCGUUGCCGUCGCCCUUGAUCAAUUAGUGUUAAAACCCCGUCGCAAGCGAUUAAUCAAAGAAAAAAUCGACGAGUUGAGACAAGAACAUGCUGAAUACUUGUCUAAUCGUCAACAAGAGGCUUUAGAUGCACAAACACUUAUGUCGGAUAUUGCUGAUAGAAAACGAAAGCAAGAAGAGAACAAGCCUGAUGGUUUGGUGAUUGUGAAAGCUUGGUAUGGACAUUUAGAAAAUUUGGAUAAUGGUGUUGAUGAAGGAGUGAUCGACGUUACCAUCGUCAUUCAAACUCUCGUUCAUGAGUCGAGACUGACAAUUCCAGGCGGACAUUCAAAGACCAAUAUUCUCGGUUUUUACGAUCCUUGCUUGGGAGAGAAGAAGAAGCUUCGUGUGCAAUAUAGAUUUAGACAUAGACUUCAUCAAGUGACGGUGGAAGACACCGCUGCUCUCAUCAGUCCUGUACAAGCACACCUUGUUUGAUUGUGUCCUAAUAUGUAAAGAAUAUAAAAAUAAAUUGUUACACUAUACUGGUGGCAAAAAAAAAAAAAAAAAAAAAUCUAUUUCCAGGGGCCAACCAAUAAAAGCCUUUUUAAAAGAUGAAAAUAGUAACAUGUAUUUUUUUUUUUUUUUUUUCGCUAUAAAUUCCAUUUUUUGUUCCAUUUCAUAAUAAAACUCCCC